AUGUUCGUUCUCUCUCUACUAUCUCCCCCCAAAUUACUUCCACCUUCCAACUUAACCAUAAACCCUUCCCUCCACAACACCUCCUCACCAUCCACCCAAACCCUGAAACAUCCCAAUUUCGAACCAUUCAAGGACCGUCUGAUCCGUCUCGCCAAUCAGGGUCACCUCCACCAGGCAAUCUCAACCCUUGAUCUCAUGACCCAACACGGACUCUCCCCAGACCUCGUCACCUACUCUGUCCUCCUCAAGUCCUGCAUCAGAACGCGCCAAUUUGAUCUGGGUAAGCUUGUUCAUUCCAAAUUGUCCCACUCACUACUCGACCCUGACUCGGUCCUACUCAACUCACUCAUCACCUUGUAUUCCAAAUCCGGUGAUUGGGUAACUGCUAAUUCUAUCUUUAACGGUAUGGGUGAGCAUAGAGACUUGGUUUCUUGGAGUGCGAUGAUCUCUUGCUUCGCUCAUAAUGGUAUGCAAUCGCAGUCUAUAUCUACCUUCUUUGAUAUGCUUGAAUUUGGAGAGUAUCCAAAUCAAUUUUGCCUCGCUGCCGUGAUGCAGGCGUGUUCGAACUCCAAGAAUGCUUGGAUUGGGAAGAUAAUUUUUGGGUUUGUGAUAAAGACGGGCUAUUUUGAGUCUGAUGUGUGUAUUGGGUGUGCAUUGAUUGAUAUGUUUGUGAAGGGUUGUGGUGAUUUGGGUUCUGCAAAGAAAGUGUUUGAUAUAAUGCCUGAAAGAAAUGCCGUUACUUGGACUCUGAUGAUUACUAGAUAUUCUCAGCUGGGUCAGCCCAAGGAUGCUGUUGAGUUGUUCAUUGAUAUGGUAGUUAGUGGCUUUAUACCUGAUCGGUUUACUUUUAGUAGUACUAUUAAUGCCUGUGCGGAGUUGGAAUUGUUGUCACUUGGGCAGCAAUUGCAUUCUCUGGUUGUCAAGUCUAGGUUGACUUGCCGACUAACCAAAGUUUAG